AUGGCGACUCAACGCUUCAGCGUAUGCGGAAUGGUCGCUGAAGUGGCCAAAGAAGUGUACGCGCUGGUGAUGGAGUGCGGCAUACGCCAAAGACAGCGGCUUGCGGGGGAAGUUGGAACGAGGCUGGGUCAAAUCGCUCAAGAGUCAUUCGCAGACUACGAGCUUGACGAUGCAGCUGAAGAAGCUGCAGCAGGCUUGUUGCAUACUCUGCUUGAGAUUUGCAUGUUUCCAACUCCAGCAGGGAGCCAGACCAACCCUGAUGAGGACUACACGCGCAUGGUGGCAUUGGCAGGGCCAGGUAAUAGGUCGCGAUUGAAGAAGUCUAUAUCCUUGUCAUUCAUCACUGACAAAACGCUCCCAACCAAAGCCAAAGAGAAGUGCGACGCGUUUCUAGCCAGACUCAGCCAAGAUGAGCCCAAGAAAAAGACUGGUCUUGACCAAAUCACAGCAGGAUCGAAGCUGCCAGAACCUGAUGACUUUCCUCAGCAUGUGAGCAAAAAUCUUUUCGAGGCUCUUCAUCAGCACGCAUAUUGUCAUCAUGCAGAAAUGGCGCAGGAGAAAUCUUGGCUGGGUAAAUCAAAGAAGGGAAAGCCUCACUACCACGAACUGGCUCAUCCGAUAAGACUGCACCUUGAUGCGAAGCCACAAAUACAGAGCAAGCAUGCGCAGUUUGAGGUGGUGAUUUCUUCCGAUGAUAUGAGUUAUUGGCAACAUUUGUGGCUAGGUAUUCCUAUGCAAACGAAAGGUCGUAGAGGUGGUGUCAAGUUUGUGAACGUUUCUAGUGAUGAGGAGGGGGAUAGUCGAAUCUCUACUCUGAAACGAAUUAACUCAGACUACUUCUGCCAAGUGUUGAAACAUCAACUAUUUGCCAAACUCAAUCUCAACUUUGUCAAGGGCAUUGGUCUUGUAUCCCUUCCACCACCAGCUCCGCUUGAGAGGUUCUUAUGCCCCGGCCAAGGCCUUCCACUAUCUCUGGCCAUCCAAAGCUACAAGCUCACGGACAAAGACAAGAUCUUACUCGCUCAUGCUAUUGCACAUUCUUUCUGGCAGUUCUAUGAAUCAGACUUGAUGAAAAACCGUUGGACGAGCGAUGAUAUUUGGUUCAUGCAUGAGAUGGAUCACCAGCAUUCGCCGAAAAAUCAACUUGCACUCCGAGUGUACAUGCCACUCGACUUUGAGGAUCAGCCGCGGAAUUCUGGAGAGGAGGACAAGUCGAUGCUCACGCACCCGUUCCCAAACAUCCUUGGCCUGGGACUUAUACUGUUGCAGAUUGGACUCUCAAAGCCUUUCAAGUCAAUGACGCACUUGCCGUUCAUCUCUCGGCUGAACAGAGACCAUGGUGCCGCCAGACAGCUGCUGGGUGAGCUAGAAAAGGCGCAGUGGGCGCGAUCGACACACCGGGAUAUCUUUACAAGAGCUGUUGCGAAUUGCUUAGAUCCCAGAACGUUCACCACUAUAAUCCCGAAACCUAAGACGAUAAAGAGUUCCACCAAGGAUGGCCUUUCUAUCAUUGCGGGCGAAGAUGGCAUAAGGCGAAAAGUCUAUACUGAAGUCGUUGAACCACUGUCGAAACUGGUCAACAUAGCGUUCAAAACUGAUGCAAACUACGUAUCCUACUUGGCGAGAUGCAAAGAGGUUGCAACUCACAACAAACUUGACUCGCAAAUUGCCUCGUUCCAUACAGGAAAGACAAUAGUUCCAGAGGAAUGGCUGGACAACUUGAAACAUAUCAGUAUGCACGUCAUGAACCUGCGGGACAAGAAGCCUGACCACGACUUCAAGCCUGUAAAGAUAGCGGUUCUAGAUACUGGAUGCGAUGCCGGGUUGCCAUUUUUCAAGAUGCCUAGAAGGAAGAAAUCUAUAAAAGCGUGGAAGGACUUCACGGCAGAUGGGAGCGAGGAUAGGUCUGAAGCAGGCUGUAUGGAAGACGAAUAUGGCCACGGCAGCUUGAUGACCCGACUGAUCAUGGAAGCUGCUCCGCUAGCUCACAUUUACGUGGCCCGAGUUGCCAAAAAUACUGAAGAGCUCAAACAUGGCAGCGAUCAGAUAGCCAAGGCAAUCCGUUGGGCGGGAGUCGAAGCGGAAGUGGACAUCAUCUCUAUGUCUUUCGGCUUCCCGCAUGACGACGAUGUUAUCUCUGCUGCGAUAGAAGACGUUGAGCGGAAACGCGACAUCACAUUCCUAGCCAGCGCAGGAAAUAACGCAGCUUAUCAGAGAGAAGCCUUUCCCGCGAGACAGCGAUCUGUGAUCUCUAUAAGAGCGACAGAUUGCCAGGGUACGUUUAAUGCUAGUAACCCUCCCAUAAUUGACCGCAACACUAUUGCUCUCGGGACAUUCGGAGACAAUUUGCCAACAUGUCUCAACGACGAGAUAACAAAGCGCUUUGGUGCUCAUAUCUGUCAUCCCGGUUCAUCAAUAGCGACGGCGGUGGCUGCGGGUAUAGCAGCCUCGACGAUAGCUUACGCAGAGGUCCUCUCUUCAGUUCUUCCGAUACCGACGGAGCAAAGUCCAGUGAAGUGUUUGAAGAGGACUGAGGGUAUGAGAAGAAUGCUGGAAAAUAUGGCACCGGACCAGACAGGGAACAAUAGGUUUAUAAAUCCGAUAUGGUUUUGGAGUGAAAAGGCGGAUGCUUGGAGAGCUUGGGCUGCUAUGUAUGACGCUGUAUCACCAUUCAUGUACCGAUAA